CUGUGUGUGUGUGUGUGUGUGUGUGUGUGUGCGCGCACGUUUCCUGCGGCUCAUCGAUGCAGUUUGGGGGUAUAAGCACAUUCCAGCCCUGCUGUUUACACGUUCAGCAUUGUAAUCUCUGAGGAAGGGAGACCUCCGAGCCGCUGGCGUGGAGGAAAGGGAGUGUGUCGCUCUGGCCCGGCUUAAACAAAGAUGUUUUAAUCGCAAGGCUAUUCUCGACCCGUGGGCUUCGAUAAUGACAGCAGUCUCUUUUAGGAAAGUGUCCCUCUUCGCUUGGCAAGAAAUUACUCGUGUACAAGCUGAAGGGUCUCCUUGUUUUCCGUGCUUUGCUCUUUUGAACAUCAUGUCAAAGUCUGAGAAAAUAGCCAUGAAUAUGUCUCCGGGCUAUGGAUUUUCAGAUUGCUAGAACAGGGUAGUUUUCAAACACGCUGAACUCUCCAUUGAUCAGGCAAACAACAGGGCUAUAUGGAGAUAAUAGGUGCUGUUUGAAAAUUUUAGAUUUUCACCACAGAAUAGUAUGCACAGCAUGCAGUAUGCAUUUAUAUAGGGCCUUUUUCUACAGUAUAGGAUUUUACAGCUUGAUGCCAGCAGCUCCAUGUGUGAUUAUAGAUACACUAUGAACUGGGUAAUCAUCAUUGCAUGGACCUCAACACCUGCCUCAAGACUAAGGAUUGUUAUGCAGUAUUGUACAGUAUGUGUGUGUUGCUGUUGAUCAGGGGUGGGACCGUUUCACAGGUAAAGAAGGACUCUCCGCAGAUUCUUAAAUCUAGCCUACUCUGGAGAAAACGCACUGCGAUGCCUUGGAGCAGGUCCGCUGCCGUAAAACAGGCUUUUGAAUAAAAAUGAAUUAAAAAGCGCACUUGAGUAACCGCAAGGACAAAUCAGCCUGUAAUCGUCCGCAGAAAAACGUAAAAUGUUCCACCCCUAGCGUCCAUGCAGAGAUCAGAACUCUUGCAUGCAGGUUUCUUGCCCGGUCUUCUCUGUAGGACCUGUGCCGAGUAGAUGAACCUGUACUAGAUCAGAACCACCAGCUCUGUUCGAAAGCCAGCCUCAUAAGAGCCGCUUCUGCCAUAGAAUCAGAGGACAUUUCCCAACCGACAGAGCCGUCGCACCGGCGAUGAGUUCCACUGUCACUGUCGCUGUACGCAUCCCAUCAGGCACCUGGGCGUAGUCAAGCGCAGGUGGUCUGCCUACUCCCGUCCCCGGUCUCUCGGCGUCCGUCCCCAUGGCGACGGCCUCGGCUGGGCACAACAGCAUGGGGGCCCCCGCGCGCCUGGUUGCCAGGCAGCAGUGGCUUUGUUUACACCUGCAGUGGGAUCGGUACAGCAAUUACAGUUGCCCAGGGGCCAGGUGAAAGCUGGAGGAGCUUUGUACCGUCUCAAGGAACAGCGGGAAAGUGGGGGGGGUCAACAAUGUGACGCAAAUCCACUGCAAACACCUCCCCAGUGGAAACGAGGCCUUUUGCUCUCAUCUUUGUAAAGAAAUGGACUUACAGCGCUAGUGUCUCCCUUCGCUGUCACCGGGCUUUGGCUUGUGCUUCUCUGGGGAUUGCUGCUGUGUGCGAUGGAUGGAGGAGUAGGGGGGUGUGAGUGCCCACAGGCGACCAUUUUGGCUCAGUUUCCCCCCGAGCUACCUCACGAGGCCUGCUGCCUGAAUUACUCAGGCUCCUCCUUCGGCAGUGUGACGUGGGCCUUGUUCUCCGACGUGAGGAACCUGAAAGUCCUCGACCUGUCGGACUGUAACAUCACGCACCUCCAGGACGCUGCCGCUUCGCCCGCCUGGCUGAGGGAGGCGUAUCUGGGCCGCAACAUGCUCAGGAAGCUUCCGGAGGGCUUCCUGGCUAACGCCACCCAGCUCAGAGUGCUGGACCUGAGGGGGAACUUCCUGGAGAGGCUGCCGGACGACUUCCUGCAGGGCUCCGUCCGUCUCCGGGAGCUGCGGCUGGACUCCAACCGCCUGGCCGUCCUCCCGCGCGGCGCGCUCCAGCCCAGCCUGGAGCGCCUGGAACUUUCUGGAAACGUGUGGGACUGCUCCUGCGCCCUGGUGGAGGACCUGCAGGGUCGCCGGGGCAACGACAGCAGCUGGCAGGGCGCGGUCGGGAACCUGACCUGCGCCUCGCCCGCCUGGCUGGCCGGCCGGAGCGUGUGGUCGGUGCGGACGGGCGACGUGUGCCAGGGCCCGACCCUCACCGUCCUCUUCAUCCUGGUGCCGCUGCUCCUCCUCCUCGCCCUGGGGCUGUGCUGGUGCUGCGGGAGGAGGAGGAAGAAGAAGAGGAAGGAAGCCGGCCUCCGUCCGACCAAGUGGGUCCCCGAACCGGGAGCCGCCAACGCGCAGCACCGAAACGGCUCGCAGCACGAGCGGCGGCGGGGGCGACCCAGGCCGGGCGGGACGCCCGAGGCGGGAGGGGGGAUGGGGCGGGACGUGCUCCUGAAGAACCAGCUGAUGUUCCGGCCGUCCUCCGACCUCCUCGGCAGCAGCAGGGACCUGUACGAGGAGGUGGAGGUCAAGCUCGGCUCCGCCGACUCCCUGGCCCCGCCCCCUUCCGAGGACCUCCCCGCGGCUCCCAGCCUGGAGGCCCGGGAGCCGUCGGAGGGCCAGGGGGAGGACGACAGGGCCGACCCGGAGACGGUGAGCGUCACCGAGGUGAUGAAGGACUCGGCGGACCGGGAGAAGGCCUACCUGGCGCAGUCCACGGAGUACUACAGCCUGGUCCCCGGCAUCGACCUGGAGGACUCGGACCACGCCGAGUACGAGAGCGUGGACCUGUCGUGAUGACGGCCUCGGGGCCGGGGCCCUGUCCAGCAGCUCCGCUCAAGGCCCUGUCCAGCAGCUCCGCUCAAGGCCCUGUCCGGCAGCUCCGCUCAAGGCCCUGUCCGGCAGCUCCGCUCAAGGCCCUGUCCAGCAGCUCCGCUCAAGGCCCUGUCCGGCAGCUCCGCUCAAGGCCCUGUCCAGCAGCUCCGCUCAAGGCCCUGUCCAGCAGCUCCGCUCAAGGCCCUGUCCGGCAGCUCCGCUCAAGGCCCUGUCCGGCAGCUCCGCUCAAGGCCCUGUCCAGCAGCUCCGCUCAAGGCCCUGUCCAGCAGCUCCGCUCAAGGCCCUGUCCGGCAGCUCCGCUCAAGGCCCUGUCCGGCAGCUCCGCUCAAGACCUUUACCGGACUUUACUGGAGUCUCACAGUCACACCCGAGGAGCGCGUCUGUCACUGUGAACCGUCUGCAUCCUCACAGUCACACCCGAGGAGCGCGUCUGUCACUGUGACCUGUCUGCAUCCUCACAGUCACACCCGAGGAGCGUGUCUGUCACUGUGACCUGUCUGCGUCCUCACAGUCACACCCGAGGAGCGUGUCUGUCACUGUGACCUGUCUGCGUCCUCACAGUCACACCCGAGGAGCGUGUCUGUCACUGUGACCUGUCUGCGUCCUCACAGUCACACCGAGGAGCGUGUCUGUCACUGUGACCUGUCUGCGUCCUCACAGUCACACCCGGGAGCGUGUCUGUCACUGUGACCUGUCUGCGUCCUCACAGUCACACCCGAGGAGCGUGUCUGUCACUGUGACCUGUCUGCGUCCUCACAGUCACACCCGAGGAGCGUGUCUGUCACUGUGACCUGUCUGCGUCCUCACAGUCACACCCGAGGAGCGUGUCUGUCACUGUGACCUGUGUGCAUCCUUCCCCGGGUUACUAACCCGGGGGGGGAUUUUAAACACUAAGCCUGGUUAAGGGAGAAUGAAUAUCGACGUUACAAAUUUUGUGACCGGGGAAAUCCAGAACUGAACUUUUUAUUGUUUAUCAUUAAAUUAUGACCUUUGUGAAACUAAUUUGUAAAUUUGCUUCACAAAUUGUUUUAUGACACUUUUUAUACAUUUUAAAAUAAUAGAAUGCUGUUUGUACAUUUUACAUUGUCUUCUUAUAUAAGCAGUUAAAAGUUUGUUGCCAUCAAAAUAUAUGUAAAUAUUUUUCCAUUCAUUUCUUGUUUGACUUGUUACUAUGACAAUGUUUUGGUUGUUGUCUGUGUAUUUAUCUGUGUGUUUUAUUCUGUACUAACUCACUUGCCUUUAAAUACAAUUCAAGUCAAUCAAAUUUCUUAAUUAAAACAUUUUAAUGCCAUUAACUUUAUGAAAAGCUUAUUUAUUAAAUGACUGAAGGGAAAAUGUAAUUAUUUUUAUAGAUGUAAGGAAGUACGAAAGUACACCAAAGUAAGCAAUCAUUUUCUGUAAUUUCAUUCUGUAAGAAUGCUAUACUUGUUUUUUUUUUAAUUUGUUAGCUUUUUUUGCUGCUUGACAACAAUGUGCUAAAUGAAUAACAAAAAUAACGUACAUUCCAAUGACAUAAUUAUUUUCCAGAAUAUUUGUAGCCUUAAAAUAUAUGCAGUAAAGUGACGUAGAGUUCCCUGACUUAGUAAACCUGCAUUUUAACACAAAAGCCCCUGUGAGCCCUAUGCUGAAAUCCACUCAUUCUGUGGCAGCAGACUAUCAAAGCAUGCUCAGUGCUGAUAGCAUCUCUGUCCCUGAUCAGAUUGGCUCAGCUGCAGGAGACCGGUGGUAAAUGCUAAUGGAGCUAAGCUGCCCCAUCCAUGCCGAGAUCUGGGAGUGUGGGAUGUGAGCGCUUCUGCUUAUGGGCAGGGAGAAAACAAACCCACCUGUAUCUGUCAACCAGACACACACACAAACAUACACGCACACAUUUCUCACACAAACACACACACACUGACACACAAACAUACACGUACACAUUUCUCACACAAACACACACACACAAACAUGCACACACUCUUACACACGCACACACACACACACACACACACACACAUACCAUGACCUCCUCAGAGCCUGGUGCUGACCGCUCGUUGGCAGUGCCCUUGGGCAGAGCACUGCAGAGAGCACUAAGCAGCGUUCAGGCAAGCUUGCUAGCUAAUUUGACUCUGAGGAAAAGGUGUGGAAGUUCCUGUACUUUAAAAAUAACCCAGCCACAUUGUUUCACACAGGGUCCCAUUGUGCUCGUCAUUCUUUGUUUUCCAUAGAUGAUCUUGCUCCAAAUGCUGCAUAUUUGCAUCUCAGCAUACACCUGAAAGUUUUAAUGUGUUGUAAGACAAACUGUAAAACACAACUUUUUUUAAGUUGCUGUGUAAGAAAAGGUCACUUUCCUUACAUAGAUACUGAAGGACUGUAAGCGCUCUGUAGUUAUAGGUCGUGUGUGGCCCCAUAUUUCCAUAUGGUUCGGAAGUUGGACCUCUCAGUUCUUACAUCAGUAAAUAUGCUGCAAGCCUCAGAGCCUUGAUAAUAUUCCAUAGCAGUGUUAUAACAAGAUGUGUUUCAACAACGUCACCCUCAACAUUAAAAAGCUAUUAAAGAGAAAACUACUCAACCUGAGCUAUUCAAAUUUUGUUGUUGUCACUAAUGAAUGGAGAUGAUUUGCAUUGUGGAUGAUGCCUUGAUUAUACAGAAUUUAAAGACUGUCGUUAAAGUACGUGACAAACCUAUGUGACCGACUACUAUUUUCUGAAGGAACGGACAUUUUUUUAUGUCAUAUUUUUAGAAUGAGUUAUUUGUAUUGCUUUGUAAAUGUAUAGAGUGAUAAAUAAAUAUCUGUUUACUGCA